AUGCGGACAUGGAUGUUUUCUUCACUGAUUGUUUGUGUUUUGUUGCCGCACAUCAGUGGAUUCCAGCAAGAGGACACUCAAGCUGGUUGCAGCACAACUCCCAAUGACCUUGCGUUCAUCAUCGAUGGGUCCUCGAGCUUGGGGAUCCCUAAUUUUGAAACUGCCAAGCGUUGGCUCAUCAACAUCACCAGUGGCUUUGACGUGAGCACCAGGCACACUCAGGUAGCAGUUGUCCAGUACAGUGACACCCCUCGACUGGAGAUUCCUCUGGGAAAGCAUGAGAACAGCCAGGAACUCAUCGAGGACAUCACCUCCAUCUCAUACCUGGGGGGCAACACACGGACCGGCCGUGCCAUCAAGUUCGCCACAGACCAUGUCUUCGGGAUGCCUAACCGCACAUCCCAGUCUCCCAGAAACCGCAUCGCCGUGGUUCUCACCGAUGGGCGUUCUCAGGAUGACGUUGAGGAUGCAGCCAUGGAGGCCAGGGCACAGAAUAUUGUUCUGUUUGCAGUCGGUGUAGGAAAUGAGAUCACUAACUCUGAGUUGGUGUCUGUGGCCAACAAGCCACCUUCAACUUACGUGCUACACGUGGAGGAUUAUAACUCCAUUGCAAACAUAUGGGACCUGAUGGAGCAGAAACUGUGUGAGGAGUCGGUGUGUCCGACACGGAUCCCUGGGACGGUGAACGAUCAGAAGGGCUUUGAUUUAAUGAGCCUGAUGAAGAUCGAGCAGGUGGCUCAGAAGGUUCAGGGCUCUUUGAUGUCAGAGAGAGCGUCACAGCUCAGCCCUCGUAUGGACAUCACCCACAACACCAGAGAGAUCUUUCCAGAAGGCCUUCCACCAGCUUUUGUGUUUGUGGCCACUCUGCGCUUGAAGAACCCAGCUCACUGGAUGAAGUUUGACCUGUUAAGAGUGUUAUCUCAAGACGGGGUUAAGCAGAUUGCUGUGACUGUGAACGGAGCAGACAAAUCGGUCACUUUCACCUGCACCAGCACUCUGAAGAAAGAGCAGACAGUCAUAUUUAAUGACCGAGGCAUCAAGAGGCUCUUUGACACGGAUUGGCAUCAGCUGAAGUUCCUGGUGAAGCCCAAACGCAUCACUUGUUUCGUAGACGGUGCAUACGUGGAGGAGCAGCUCCUAGAUGCAGUUGUUCCCAUCUACAUUAAUGGAAAGACUCAAGUCGCCAAGAAAAUUAAUAUUGAGACUACAGUCCCUAUAGUGCUGCAGAAGUUGCGGAUCUACUGUGAUCCCCAGCAAAGUGAGCGAGAGACAGCAUGUGAAAUUUACUCUGUGGAUGAUGACAGGUGUCCUUCGGAUCGCUCUCCUGCUGUAGAAGGUUGCGAUUGUCCAAGUGGUAAACCUGGUCUUCCCGGUCUACCUGGGCCUAUGGGUUUCAGAGGGGAGAAAGGCAGAGAAGGACCUCCUGGCCCUGAUGGUAAACCUGGGAAACCAGGAGAAAAGGGAGCAUCUGGAGAGCCUGGUCGAGAUGGACAGAAAGGUGAAGCAGGUGAACCAGGACAAAAGGGGGAGCGAGGGCUGGAAGGACCCAAAGGAGAAAUGGGACCACCAGGGCCUUCAGGACCAACAGGCACUGGCUUUUCCAAAUUGGAUUUAGAUGACUUGGGAAUUCAAGGAAGCAAGGGAAUCCCAGGAGAACCAGGGGAAAUGGGGCCACCCGGAAAACCUGGAAUGAAUGGAGAACCUGGGAAACCUGGUCUACCUGGACUUGCUGGUCCCAAGGGAGAGAAAGGAGAUGUUGGUGCGGCAGCAUCAGAUGGACAAGCAGGAAUCCCUGGUAUGCAGGGGCUUCCUGGAGAGAUAGGCCCUCCUGGACCUCAAGGUGAGCGUGGGAUGCCAGGACCGGCAGGUUUUACUGGACCAACAGGACAGCAGGGACCCCCAGGCCCAGUUGGCCCACCUGGCAUAGAAGGUCCUCCAGGUCCAAAAGGGAAUUUUGGCUCUCGCGGACAGGAUGGGCUCCCUGGGCCACCUGGUGCUAAAGGUUCAGAUGGAGAGCACGGCAUUCAAGGUCCCCCUGGCAUUAGAGGUCUGCCAGGGUUUAAAGGUCAUAAGGGUGACUCAGGAUCAUCUGGACCAAAGGGAACUCAGGGUGAGAAAGGAAACCAGGGAGAACCUGGAGUCACUGGAAAACAUGGUGAACCAGGCCUGAAAGGAUACAAAGGAGAGCCAGGUGUAGCAGGGGAGCCUGGGAGCAGAGGGGCUGAUGGGAAAAGGGGAGAUGUGGGUUCAUCAGGGCCACCUGGAUCUCAAGGCUUUCCGGGUCUAGACGGUUUACCAGGGCAGCCAGGACUUCCAGGAUACCCAGGGAAACCAGGCAAAGCACCUUCAGAAGAGCAGCUGAUGAAGAUCUGUGCUUCUGUGCUACAGAGCCAGCUGCCACAGCUCCUGCAUGUGAUGGGCCAAAGCAGCUGCCAACACUGUGAGACCAAACAAGGACCACCAGGCGAUCCAGGCCCCCCAGGCCCAACAGGCCCAUCUGGACCCCCAGGAUAUCCCGGCAUGGCAGGGUCUCCAGGCUACCCGGGACCUCCUGGGAGGCAGGGACCUGAAGGGGUAAAAGGUGAUAUUGGCCCAGUGGGCAUGAAAGGUGCUAAGGGACAGGGUGAAAUGGGUUUGCCAGGUCCACCUGGUCCAGCAGGUUUGCAGGGCCCACGUGGGAAUGACGGUGAGGGAUAUCCUGGGCCUUCUGGUCCACCAGGAAAACCUGGCACUCCGGGUACCCCAGGCAAACGUGGGCCCCCGGGACCCAUGGGGGUCUGUGACCCGUCCUCAUGUUAUCAAGCCUAUGGCUUUCGGGACGAUCCUUUCAGGAAAGGACCUAACUUUUAGCAACGGGACAGUGGGAUCGUACUGAUUCUGUACAGUCUUUUCUCUCUCAAAUGGACCUUUCUGGUGCUCAGCCUUGACCUCAAGAACUCAUAACCUCUAAAGAACGAUGAUCUUGACUUUAAAUAUGUGAUGUGUUUUCCUGUUUGAGAAUCUUGUGUUGGAUGUGUUAAAUCAUGAAUCCAUGUUUUUGAUUGAUUUUGAUGCAUGUCCUAGCUGCUCUUUUCCAAAGGGGCUGUUGGGCUCCAGUAGAACUCAUGCAUUAUAUUCCAAGUUUUCUGAAGCCUUUGUGCAAGAAACGGACUAAAAAUUCAAUCAUUGCUUGGUGAAAAUGCUCUCAAACAUCAUGCAUGUUCACGUACUGUACAUACAUCUUUGAUUCUCUCGUGUCCUGUGACCAAUUUAAUUUUAAUUUUCAACUUUCGUUUUUGGGUGAAUUGUUCCUUUGAAGAAAAAUUGCUAUACUGUAUCCACUGCACUGCCCCAGGCAAGCUACCUCUGUACAGGAUGUGAAGCAAUUCU